CAAUUAGAACUUAUCACGCCCUUCCAGCUGUAUUUCAACCCUGAGUUAAUAUUUAAGCACUUUCAAAUAUGGAGGUUAAUCACAAACUACUUGUUCUUUGGACCAGUUGGCUUUAAUUUUUUAUUUAACAUGAUCUUUUUAUACCGCUACUGCCGCAUGCUCGAGGAAGGCUCUUUCCGGGGUCGCACGGCAGAUUUUGUAUUUAUGUUCCUUUUUGGAGGACUUUUAAUGACUCUUUUUGGGCUGUUUGUGAACCUGGUGUUCCUGGGGCAGGCGUUCACCAUCAUGCUGGUGUACGUGUGGAGCCGCAGGAACCCCUACGUCCGCAUGAACUUCUUUGGGCUCCUCAUCUUCCAAGCCCCUUUCCUGCCCUGGGUACUGAUGGGCUUUUCUCUGCUCUUGGGGAACUCCAUCAUUGUGGAUCUCCUGGGUAUUGCUGUUGGGCAUAUAUAUUUUUUCUUAGAGGAUGUCUUUCCCAAUCAGCCUGGUGGUGGGAGGCUCCUGAGAACGCCGUCUGUCCUGAAAGCAAUAUUUGACACCCCAGAGGAUGACCCCAACUACAACCCCUUGCCCGAGGAGCGGCCGGGGGGCUUUGCCUGGGGAGAGGGGCAGCGCCUCGGGGGUUAACCAGGGCCAUGGGGGCUCCUCCCCAGCACACAGAGGACUCUGACAGCCCUAUGGUUUGGAACACAAGCACUUUAUGAAAUGCAGUCUCACCUGAGGCACUCCCAGCACCCUUCCCAAUCAGGGAAUUCAUUGUGCUGGACAUCAUCUGAAUCCAGUGGAGCCAAAAAUGUAAAACUGGAAACUGUUUCCUGUUAACUUCAGUUAACAAGGCCACACAAGUACUUGUUUAAAGUGAUUUCUAAAGCAUUUUUUUCAAGUUAUUUGAUACAUGAAACUCUAUGGGAAACUUUAUAGAGGACGAACCCAACUUUUUGGGAUUUAAUUCAUUUUUUUAUUCUUGGAUAAAACAACUGCAAGAUGAUUGAAAGGCUAAGUCACUAUUUCAAUGGCAAAAGGUUGUUUAAUCUGAGGUGCUGCUGUCUCCAGUCAUCUUUGAACUGCAGGGAACACAACAUGCAGCUUUUCACUCUGCCAGUUGGAUUUUUGGGAUGUUCUGCAGGCUGAGGCUACAUUUUGGUGGUUUUUUCCCCCAAAGACUGUGUGUUCAGGUGCCCACAGUGGUGGUUAAACAGCUGUGCCUGCAAAAUCCAUCUCCUUGUGCCCUCUACUGAUACUGGAUGACCUGCAGCACUAGAGAAGGAAAUUUGUCUGGACUCAAAAAAUGAUGAUGAGUUGAAUAAAAUGUCUUGUGGAUCCUU